UCUUUAACCAAACACACCUGAUUCAGAUCAUCAGCUCAUUAGCAGAUACUCAAAGUCCUGUGAUGAGUGUGACAAAAGAGACAUUCAAAACAUGCAGUGUUGGUGGGCCUCCAGGAACGUGGUUGAGAAACACUGGUUUAAACAGUAGAAAAUAAUAUUUAAGCCUAUUGAAUGUUGCAAGGAAAUAUGGAAACGUGUGUGGGUGUGUGUUUGUGAGAUCAAAUGUUUGUCAUGUUGACAGAUGAAAGAAAUCUAUUUAUACGUAUAAGUAAUCCUGCAGUUUCCAGUCAGCUUGUUAUGCAUACUCUGUACAACUGUGAAAAUAAAUGCAUUUUGUACCUGUUGGAGUCUGUAACACCCCUGUAAGAAGACAGGCAGCACCCCAUUUGUCUCACUUUGUCUGUGUUUCAACAGCAGACCAGAAUGCAGAGUUCCUGGACUGGAAGAACACACACACACACAUGAAUACAGACAACAACACUAUCUUACAUCAAGGAAAUAAAUUCACAGGUGUCUGAAUGCGAGUUAUGCCUGAAUGCGAGUUUUUUUGUGAGAGGUGGGUUCAAGCAUGCAAGGGAGGUGUGUGUUUUGUGUCUUUGUCAGUGCAUUUCUAGUGUUUGCAGUUUGGUGAGUUUUCAGUCACUCUCAGACUAAACUGCACAGCUUAUCGCACACAGGUUUGUCUGUGGAAGAGGAUCCUGCAAUGUCCAGUGAUGUUAACAGGAAGGCCGUGUUACAGGCGACAAAAGUUCGAAAAAAUUUGAAGCAAGAUGGAUGUUGGAUUAAGAAAUCUCAAGAGGUUCUGGAGACUCAGUCAGAUGUAAAACCACGGAAACUAGUAAAGCCUGUGAAUGUGUCAUCACCUGAGAGCAGUCCAGUUUCUUCCUCCAUCAUGCCAUGUGCACAGAGCAGUUUGGAUUCAUCCACACCCCCUCGAAACUCUUACGUCACCUCAGCCUUAAGGAAGUUUGAGCCUGAAAACACACCAGCCAAAAGUGGACCAUAUCUGGCCAAAAGUCCACAUACUGUGCUUAAGAAUGCAAAGAUAGCACAUGUAGAUGAAACAUCUAUGGUCAAACCCAGAGAAGAACCACACAGGACACCUGCAGAUGCUCCUGUGAAAGGCAUAGUGGAGAAACCUGUGGUCAAACCUACAGAGGAAGCACUGAAAACAUCCACAGACUCUCCCAAAAAGGAUUUAGUGGAGAAACUGGUAGUCAAACCAUCAGAUGAAGCACUGAAGAUAUCUACAGACACUCUUAAAAAGGAUGUAGUGGAGAAACCUACAGAAAAAUCUACAAAAGAUCCACUAAACAAUCCUGCAGUCACUCCUAAAAAGGAUGUAGUGGAGAAACAGGUAAUUAAAUCAUCAGAGGAAGCACCGAAGACAUCUAUAGACACUCUGAAACAGAAUGUAGUGGAGAAACCAUUGGUCAAAGUGGCAGAAGAACCAUUGAAGACACCUGCAGAUGCUCCUGUGAAAGGCAUAAUGGAGAAACCUGUGGUCAAACCUACAGAGGAAGCUCUGAAGACAUCUACAAAUACACCUAAAAAGGAUGCAUUAGAGAAAUCUACAGAUAAAUCUACAAAAGAACCACUGAACAAACCUGCAGUCGCUCCUAAAAAGUAUGUAUUUGAGAAACCGGUAAACAAACCUUCAGGUGAAACGCUGAAGACACCUGCAGAUACUCCUGUGAAAGGUAUAGUGAAAAAACCUGUGGUAACACCAUUAGAAGAAGCACUGAAGACAUCUACAGAUACACCUAAAAAGGAUGCAGUGGAGAAAUCCACAAAUAAACCUGCCAUUGAACCAUUGAACACACAAGUUAAAAGUGUAGUGGAAAAACCAGUAGUCAAACCUUCAGGGGAAACAUUGAAGCCACCAAAAGAAUCUCCUAUAAAAGACACAGUAGAGCAAUCUACAUGCAAAAAUGCAAAAGAGCCAUUGAAAACAACUGCAGACAGUCCUAAAAGGGAAGUAAUCAAGAACCCAGUAGUCAAGCCUGUAGACAAACCAAUAACGCCAGCAGAUGUUCAAAAAAUAGAUGUACUACAGAAACCAGUUGUCAAACCUGUUGAAGCACCACUGAAGACACAAGAAGAUGCUGCUGUAAAGGAUGUAGGAAAGAAACCACAAGUCAAUACUGUAGACAAACCAUUGAAGACACCAGCAGAUGCUCUAAAAAAGGAUGUAGUAGAGAAACCUGUAGUCAAACCUGUUGAAACACCACUAAAGACACAAGUAGACACGCAGAAGAACGGUGUUGUGGAGAAACCCAUAGCCAAACCUAUAGAAAAACCAGCAAAGAUGCCUGAAGACACUGAAGGUGAAACAAAGAAAGCACCUGCAGAUAAAACUUCAGCAGAUCAUGGACAAUUCAGAGGAGAGAUGCUAGAGAAAACAGGACAAACUCCACUCAAGAAUCAGUCUAAACCUUCAUAUACCACAGGUAAUAAAGAAAAUGGUGUAGUUGAACAAGUCACAACAGCUCACGCACCUGUAGUACAAGCUCAACUUAAACCAAGACAAGCAGAAAACCAGCCUACAAAUGAUCACAGCACUCCUCUGAAAGCUCCAACUGCAGAUUCAUCAGCUAAAACAACUGAAGAGCUUCUAGUGCCAGCAGAGAAAAACAGGCUGAACAAAGAAUCUGCACUGAAUGUGAAAAGUAAAACCAUGUGUUCCUUCUGCAAGCUGCCUUUAAAUGGAAAUGUGAAAAUCACCAUCAACAUUCCUGACAUUCGCUGCCAUCCAGAUUGUUUGAAGUGUAAUGGCUGCAGCAGUCCUCUGGGGGAUCUCUCUUUAUCUAUGUACCACCAUGCUGGGAAAGUCCUCUGUGAAAAAUGCUUUGAUCAAAUCUUCCAGCGCUGAUGGCUCUUCCUCGACAGGACUUGUCAACAUGAUAACCAACACUACAGAGUCCGAAACUAAGUUUGCUUGAAUUCAGUAAGAACGGAUGUAAAUGUUUCUUUAUUUACAGCACAGGAAAAAGUGAUUAGUUACUUUAAAAAGUGAGUAAACCCUUUGUAACGUGGAACCGUUAAGUUGAAAAUCUUUAAUAUUGUGCAUAUAUAUGUUCAUUUACUUAAUCAUUUGAAGUCAGCUCAUUGCUUUUUACAGUGCAGCUACAAAACAACAAUAAUUUCACAUUUGCUUUUUUAGCUUUAUUAACCAUGUACAGUAUUAUUAUACAACAAAACCACUUCACAGCCCUAUACCUCUUUGAGGAAAGAAUAAAUUACAUUAAAAAGGGAGAAGAACGAGAGGAGAGGGUACAUAAACAUUAGAUUACAUACAAAUAUAUUAUACAUUUUCUAAUUUUAGUUGUUAACAGAGGUUAAUGAUGCACUUUUAGUACAGAAAAUGCAUAUAUACAAACAAUUCUAUACAAAAAUGUUAAGGGGGGAGCAUAUAUUAACUGUUUUAAUUGCUAUUUUUAGACUUAGAAAUAACUUUAUAUACAUUUUAAUCUCUUUUUCUAGCACUAUGAAGAGAAGUUUGCUUUUAGCAAACUUACAUUUGUGUAUGUGAAAUUUACACAAUAAUAAAAUAAAAUUUAUGAUAAAACCAGCAUCUUUUAAAGAGCAAUACUUAACAUAAUAACCUAAAAUCACAUAUUUAUAAGAUAAGGAAAAUAUUUGUAAAAUAUUAUAAGCAAUAAAAGCUUUAACAUUAAUCCAAAAAUGUUUUGUAUAUUGGCAAGACCAAAAUAAAUGAGAAAUAGUUUCAUUAAAGUUUUAACAAAAACAGCAUUCUAACUCGAUCAAUUUAACAUUUUUGUUGAAAUACUUUUGUAAGAUAAACUCUAUGAAGUAAUUUAAACGAUAUUUCUUCAGCCUUAUUUGUAAUUAACACAUUUUGAGGUAAUGACCAUGCUUGAGUCCAGUUUACAUUAUUAAAAAUAUUGUUCCAGUUAAAAACAACAUAAGGUAAAGACGUAUUUUCUUCAGGAUUAAAGAUCUAAUUUUGUGAUUGUUUUUCACAUUUGUUCAUAAGUGCAUCGUGUGAGAUUCCGGACACAAUUGAUCAGUGAUUCAAAAGAUUUACGUUGCAUGGCACUAAUAAAGUGUAUUAUUUUUGUUGUUCUCUUA